AUGGAUUCCAUUCCAAAUGUUUGUCGCCUACUAUUGAGAAUCUACACAUUAGGAUGUUUGGUGGUUUCAGGUAAAAUAUUCCAGUUUCUCCAUGCUGCAAAACUGUUAAACACAUACCGUAUACCUCCAUUAUAAGAGUUAUCCAAACAUAUUUAUAUGUCCAUGAUUAUUAUUUUAUUAUUAUUAAAAAAUAUUAUUACAAAAAACUGCAAAACCAGUAAUGGAAAGUUGAAUGGAUAAAGUGAUUGCAUUUGUUUUGACAAUGGACAUUUGACAAUAGCACAACCUUAUCCUUAAACAAUCUUUUGCAAUCAGCACAACCUUACAGGACAUUUCUGUAUUUAAACACUAAUUAAAAAAAACAACACCUUCCUCAAAUUCCACUUCCAAGUCCAGAAGGACAUUGCUUUGUGAGUGCUAGGAUUUCAAGUUAUUUCCCCUCAACACUCUCUCUUAAUGAAAUUUCAUAUUCUGUGUCUGAGAGAGGCAAACCAUUGUAGUUUCUGUAGUUUUAGUAAUUUUGUACUAUGAAGCAUCCAAGUGGCAUGUAAAUAUUCCUUCCUCCAUCCUGUAAAAUAGGGCUUGAUCUGAGGGCAUACAACUACCACUAACACUAACAUUAGAUGCUGGGUUGAAAUAAUGGUAUCAACUAGACAUGUGCAAUUUGUUUCGUUCCAAAUAUAAAUUCUGCAGAAAUUAGGCAAUUCAGACAUUCGGAUGCUUCCGAAUGUCCAAAUUGCAGAAUUUCGGAAGUGCCGAGGUGCUUCGGAUUUCUGAAAAGUGGCAUAACAGGAGAGGGGAGGGAAAAUCAUGGGAAUGAUGACAGGACUCUAACCCUAACCCCUAACCCUACUCCUACCCCUAAUCCUACCCUUAACACCUACCCAUACCGAUAACCUUACACCUAACCUAACCCCUAACCCUAUCCCUACAUGUGUAAGUGGUUCUGGUGGUUAGGGGAAGGGGUGAGGUUAAGGUUAGGGGUGGCGGUAGGGGUAAGGUUAGGGGUAGGGUUAGAGGUAUGGUUAGGAAAUUGCCAUAGCCCAGAAAUGACGAAGCCAAAACCAAAUUGCGGAAGUCCCAAAUUGCCAAAGUCCCAAAUUUCGGAAGUGCCGAAAUUUUUGCCCAUGUACAUCCCUGGUAUAAACAAAGCCAACAAACUGAUUCUUGUUUUCAAAAUGGAUUCACAUUCAUCUCAAAUUAGUGUUGAACCUCCUAUUCAUUACAUCAGAACCUGAUAUUGGGUCAGUUGAUAUAGUAAAUUUAGUUCUACUUUAAGGAUAUAAGCAUAGGCGUGUGCAAGGUGUACCCACGUGUAUGCUAAUGCAUGGCCAAAUGAUCCUGCAUGUACCUUUUUUAGGUAACUCUCUAAGGGAACUUUUGCAAGAGUUUGGGUUAUUUGUUUAGGUUUUCAAAGGUAAACAUUAUCACUACAUAUGUAUAUGUAGUUACCACUGGAGUAAACAUUUACAUUGUGUUUAAUAUUUUAAUUAGUAUUUUUUAUUAUUUUUAUGGUAAUUUUCUCUGGGUGCAUACCCUAACGCAAUGUGCUGCCAUGCUUAUGGAGAUAACACUAUCAUGUGAGGUUAGAUGGAUUCAUUGAGUUGAGUUAUUAAAUUUGUUCCAAUUUGGUUCACUGACGUUCAGGCUUCAUGUCCAUUUCAACAAGAUUGUGUUUUAAUACACAACAUUCUUGUCACAAAUAAAUAAAAAGUAGGGGUGAUAUUCUUAAUUGUAGUACUUAAUCUGACCUAAGGAGGGAUUAUGCACUGCCAGAGUUUGGGCCAUUGGUUUGUUGUGCCUGUAUAAAGGUCAGAUAUGAGAUUGAACUCCAACUUGCAAUCUCAUGGAAUAGAAUCAAGGAAUGAGAGUCAAAACAGACAGGUGACAAUAUAAAAUACACAGACUUACUGAAGUUAUGUUAACAUGUAUAUUCAAAUGGACACUCCUUUAUUAAUAUGAAUUUAGUUGCUUAUUUAAAGAGAUACAAUCUAUAUAACAGUUGUGGGUGGACUCUCUGCGUGAAUGUUUUUAGAUUACAAUUCACAUUACAUACCAAAUGUGCAGCACAGAUUUCUAGUUACACAACCACCUUCAAUGGUGAUAAAGACAUUGUAUGGACAAAUGUGCUGCAUGUGCAUGUUUUUGGUGGAAGAAAAAGCAAGCACAUGAGAAAGGGAGAAAAUGAUGAUGACCAAUAAUCUUUGUAGCUUUAGGCACCAACCCCUUUGUCACUGUAUUAGGAAAAAUGCUAAUGCUAGCUUAACCCCUUAAGGACACAUGACAUGUGUGACAUGUCAUGAUUCCCUUCUAUUCCACAAGUUUGGUCCUUAAGGGGUUAAUGACCCCUCAAUUUUCAAAAUGUAAAAAUUAAUUUUAUAAAAAUGUUCCAAAGUUUUUCUCUGAAAAUAAUAUGUUCACUAAGAUUAACAUUUUUCUAGAGAUGUAAUUAUGAUUAUGUGCAUUAUUAUAUUGCUUGUUUUUGUGUAAUAAUUUUCAGUAUAUUGUUUUUCAAGUUUGUAUCUGUUCACCAUCCACCGUGAUAUCUGGAAUUGUGGAAGAAGAUGUCCUCUUACCGUGUGCCAUAAAAUAUGAAGAUGAAUUUGAUCUGAAAAAACUUGUUGUGAACUGGCAGACAGAAAAUGAUACGGUUGUUCAUAGUUUCUUUUAUGGAGAAGAUCAUCCAGAAUAUCAGGGAAUUAUAUUUCAAGGACGGACCCAGAUGUUCCUACAAGAAUUUCCCAAAGGAAAUCUGUCUCUUUUAUUGAAGAGAUUGAAACAUUCUGAUUCUGGAAAAUAUGUUUGUUAUGUUUCUAUUAAAAAUAUACAUGCAUCAUGGAUGGAUCUUUACAUCACAGGUAAUUCACUACUGAAGAUUUAAUAGUGUAGAAAACCAGAUACAGGCCUUAUUAUUAAUUUGACAUUGUUUAUAUUAAUUCCCAUGUUUUUUUUAAGUGUUUUUUUUGCAGAAGAAUAAAAUGUCAUUUUUUUUAAAAACAGGUAGUAAAUUUGCAUAUGCAAUCAGAAUUUUGUUAGAUUUAGUUUACACAAACUUACCUGCUGUAGCUCCAUCUGCAGUCUUAUUUCUGGGUAAUACAAUGCACAUUAUUUCCUCAUCAGGUUUGAUCGUCACCACAGAAUGUGUGGCACAAUAGUGAAAACCAAUAAAUGAGAAAGAAACAGGUUAUCAGUAGAUGGAACCAUAACACCUGGAAGGAAACAGAAUGGGUGAUGUCUCGUCUGAUAGGGUUUCUAGCACAAAGCAUCGCAUAAAAGAACCUGAAUAGCUGCACUCUGUCUAGAGCUCACUUGGGCUCACUUGAACUCACAGAAUGUACCCAUAGUAUUGUAUAGCGCUGACAAUGUGAAAAAAACUACCUUGACAUCACCACUGACUUCAGAUGUGAGAUAUUUCUAAGUAUGUAUAGACCAGACAUGCCCAAACUGCUUCUUGUGAGCAUGCAGCUCUUUAAACGGUCCAAUGUGACUUUUUAGGGCUGGUGCUACCAUAAGCCCGCCUUGCUUGAAAGAGUCGCGGGCAUGGUCGGGAGGUGUAGGGCUCGAGGUUCUCUGUCUGGCGGGGACCCCCGCCGGUCUAUGGGGGAAGAGGGGGGUGUACUCGUGUGCUGCUUGCUGCGAUCGGAGGGAAAGCGGCCGUUCUUCUCCUCCGCCUCCCUUGGUAGGCCUCAGUUUGCCGUGGCGGUGCACGGUCGUCCCGGUGUCGAGUGUGGCAUCAUUCGAUUCCGGCCGGGUUCCCCCAUGCCGUGGGUCAGGUCCCAGGAGGAUUGAGGCUCUGUAGCUCGAUUAAUCCGCAGAUUUAGGGUUUGUGUGGCAGGAGCUCUAGCAGAGCACAUUCAGCCAGCUCGUUGGUUAGGCUCCGCCCCCCCAGAUAAUGAUUUUUAUAUUCAGUUUUAAAUGACAGUGAACAGCUAGUGGUUGCUUGCUGUUUAGGCGACAUGCACCUACUACACGGGGGACCUGGCACAGGUAGGGUUGUGCGGGACGAUUUAACUUGUGCCAGAUCCCCCCUUAUUGCACUAGUGACUGGGCAGCAAUAUCUGCCCAGUCACUAGUAGUUUUGCAUUUAUUUAGACGACAUGCCCCUACUCGCGGGUAAGCAAAUGAUUUAAUAUUGUUGGAUAUAUUUUUUAUAUAUGCUAUAGAAUUUGAUAGAGAUUUUGAAAAAAAAAAACUUUUAUAAGUUUAUCCAAAAAUAUUAAAUCAAGGCCUAGAGACUUAGAAGGAAAGUGAAAAUAAAUUAUUGCAUAAAUUCUACACUAAUUGUGGCAUUGUGACAUUGCUGUUUUUAUGUAAAUUUUGGUCUGUGAGCAAUUUAUAUUGCCAACAAUUAAGGAUAAAGGCUAUGUUUUUUCUGAAACGUUUUAGAUUAGUAAUUUAAUUGUAGGUCCAAAUUUGUUUGAGAUGAGGGAUAAUAAAUAUAGAAAUGGAUAGGCAGGACUUUACAGUCCCGAGGAAGUCUGCUUUUAACAAAUGAAACACUUUGGUGAAUAUUUUGGCACUAAUAGAACACUAUAGUUACCACUCGCUCGUGGAUAAAGAACAGCAUUGAGUGUAAAACGCCAGUCAUGCCCAGCCUCACAGAGAUUUGUGGGGGAGAGAGACACAGAGCUGCAGACCAUUAGCUUCCUAUUGUCUAUAAAAUGUAAUAGCAAGGUAAUAACAAACUAUCCAUGUGUUUAUGGGACUCUAUGAAUGUGCAUUGUAAUUGAGAUAACUACUUUAUUGCAUAGUUACACUGACAAUACUGCUCUAUGUUUUUCACAUUUGUAUGCAUUUUUAAUGUACUUUUGGAAGAUAAUAAAACUUGAACUAUAAGUCGCUUUUCUGUUGAGUAUUGUAUCUUUGGUGAUCAGGGUUCAUGCUUUUAUAUUCUGUGUAGCUUUCUUUUUAGUUGUUGCUCACUAACUUUGUUUGUAUUUAGUGUAGGUGCCGGUGCCUAGUGUGAAAUCCCAAUGUGGAAAGAUGAACAUCUACCUGCUAGUUUGUUUGAAUUUUGUAUUGUUAGACAUUGAUGAACCAAUGCUGGCCAUCAUUUUGUCGGUUAUGGUGAUACUUUUGCUUGGUGGUUUGUCCUCACCAUACAGUUGUCUACCAUGUUGAUCAUGGAAUGUCAUGCCCUGUCUGACUCUCUUUCUCUUGUUUUAUAUCUCCAUCUUUUGGCCAAAAUAUCCAAUACUUGCUCUGUAUUUUGUGUGCUACUCUGAUGUUUUCCUAGGGAUCAUAUAGUUAAACACAUACAGAGUGUUUGAAAGUUUAGUAUCUCACUGACUUGCUUUCAAAAAGUAACAUAUUUUAUUUUUUUGUAGAUAAGGAAACAGCUAUCUCUUCAAGAUAUUAUUUCAUAAAAGUAGGAUCAUUUAUAAGCUUUGCUCUGAUGCUCAUUGGAUUUCUGUACAUAGGGAAGAUAAAGAUCAGGAAAAAGCGUUCAUCAGCAGGUAUUUUUACAUCACUUUUUGAAAAUAUAGUUUUCAUAAAUCUAUAUUUAAAUUAAUAUUUGUAGCAGUGAUUUCCCUAACUAAUGUUUUGAUUUAGUAUUUUUGGAUACACUUUUGAAAUGCAUCAAUCUGUUUGGAUAAACUUUUCAAAUGAUUUAUCUGUAAAAGUUCCAUAGACAUUAAUGGAGACUCCUGCAGUUAUAUUAUAUAAAACGUUUGUCCAAACAUAUUUAAUCAUUUGAAAAGUCUAUCUAAAAAUAUUACAUUGAGGCCUAAAUAUCAACUUAUUUAAAUUGUUUGUGAAAAGGAAAUGAUAAUAUUUUGACAAUAACACAUGAAUGAUUACUUUAUUAAAUAAAUCACCUGCGUUAUUUUCGGUAUUGUCAUGAUUAUUUAUUGCAUAACCUACCUAAUAGAAUGCUUGAAAAAAAAUAUCCCCACAAAGGGCAAACAUUGUUUAAUAGUAUUGCUUAAUGUUUGAUAUUCCAGUUUUAUUGAUUUUCCUUUUGACUUACUUUUGUCCCAUGUGGAAAAUGGCUUUCUUUUAAAUUCAGAUUUGUAAAAUAGGUAGAAAAAACUCAUAUCACUCUAAUGGAGAUCUGAGUGAUCUGAGAUUUGUGGGGCAUGUUUCUGAUUAUAUCCUGACAUCUUAAAGGGACACUCUAAGCACCAGAACAACCUUAGCUUAAUGAACGGGUUUUGGUAUAUAUACAAAGUACCGGCUAUCUCACUGCUCAAUUAUCUGCCAUUUAGAAGUUCAAUCACUUUGUUUAUACAGCCAUAGUCACACCUUCCUGGCUGUGACUCACGUUGCCUUCCUACAAACUUCCUUAAAAUAGAUCUAUAUUUUUUAGCUUUCUACAUUGCACUUGUGUUCAAAUAAGAAUCCUGUAUCUCCUGCUAGCCUGUGAGAUCUUCCUGUGUGUGAUUAAAGUUCAAUUGACAUAGCAAGCCAGAUAUGCACAUAAGAAAUUCUAAUGUAAACACACUGUUCUGUAAGAUCUGAUUGAAAAUUAAACUGUUUUUUUAUAUGGAGGUUAUGUUAGUCACAGCCAGGAGAAGUGUUGCUAGGGCUGUGCAAAUAGAAACAAAAGUGAUUUAACUCCUAAAUGGCAGAGAAUAGAGAAGAGACUGCGGGGGGCAUGAUCUAUAUAACAAAACUGCUUAAUUAAGCUAAAAUGGUUUAGAGUAUCUCAUUUCACAGCACAAACUAAAACGAAAGUGAUAGAAAAGUUUUUUUUAAAUUGGUUCAAAGUCCAUAGUACAUAUUUACUUGUACUACAAGAUCUUUAUUACAUAUUUUAUUACUAUUGCAAUGCUGUAAACCUAGGCAAAUUACAUAUAAAACUUUGCAUGAACUUACAGAACUAUUUUAUUUUAACAGAAUCAGAACCAUUGCUAAGGAAAAACCGAAAAGGUAAUAUAUUCUCUUUCUUUCUUUCUUUCUUUCUUUCUUUCCGUCUUAAAAUAUUAUAUGCAUGUGUGUUAGUGUAUCUUUCCAGUGACAGAGUGCGCUCAAUCUAGAAGGAACAUUAAUUUGGUUCUGAAAUGGAAAAAAAUACUGGCAUGAGAUUUUAUAGACUAUAUUGCCUGGAUGAUAUAAGUCAAUGUAAAAUAAUGUGACGAAAAGAUGAGAAAAUAUAUUAAAUAAUAUGGUAAACAAAGGCUAAACAAACAAACACAUUAAUAUAUAUCAAUAUAAAAGCUGAAAUCCUUUGUGAUACUAUUGAAGAAAGUUAAUAAGUAGAUAAGUAUUUAUAAAUGUAUACUCUAAGCACCAUAGUUUAGGUCAAUGCAGAGAGCAUCUGACUCUCAUAGUUGAGGUGAUCAGGGCUCUGUGGACCCCAGCUAGGAUGUCAUACAAUUAGCAAAUGGCUUGUCUACUUACAAUGGAGUGAGACUAGGAUGCUCUUGGCACUAUAACCACUACAGUGCACUGUAGUGAAAAACAUUCUUCUCUACUACCAUAUUAAUACAUGCUCAUAUCUCGUAAGGUGAACAAGUAAAUUGUAUAAUGUGUGCACAGUGCCAAACAAAGUGUACCAACCCCCAAAUAAAUAAAGGACUAUAAAUGACAAUAGGUCCAUAAUAUCUCAGGAUACCUCACAAACAACUUUCCUAUUUAAUAUCACAAGAUGUGACCAUAAAAGCACAGGAUAUUUUCUCAAAAAUAAAACUGUAUAGUAUAUAAAGCAACAUAUAGCAGACAAAAUCAUCUCAUAGACCCCACAUUUUACAGGUAACUCAGGUAUAUCCAACCACAUAAAACUGUCAUAAAAUGCAAAAAAAAAAAAAUAUUGCCACCAGUAUCUGUCUAUAUGAGAGAGAUGGGGCAUAAGACCAGACAAGGUGCCGGUAAGCUGGAUGAAAAAAAACCCUAAGGCGAUGAAAGCAUUUCACGUCUGUAAUAACACUUUUUAUCAACAAAAAACAAAGUAAACCAACCCCCAAAUGAGAGAGAGAGAGAGAGGGCGCAAAACUGAUAUAUAGUAUAUGGUGUCUUUUUGGGGUUGGUUCAUUUUGUUUUACACUGUGCACACAUUACACUGUUUGCGUCUUUACCUUAUUAUGUACUGGAGUUGUGUGUGUCACGGGUUGGCGGCACGGAAACCGGGACCCCUGAGUGCCUGAGUUGGGAGUCUCAGCGUGGUAAUGGAAUAUCAGGGCCUGGUUCAGGGUAACCACACGUCCUCUGGCGUUGAGCACCAGCGUUUGUGCGGCCACAUACCAGAACCCUGAUGCAGCUACAGCGGAUCCCAGGAACUAGGAGCUUGAUAUGCGGACCUCCCAGGAACUGGAUAAGGGGGCUCUGCAGCAGACAUGUAUCCAGUACAGAAACAAAGCAAGACUAGAACAGGCACCAAACAUGAAAACAAGACAGAACAAGUAGAACCCAGAACCAGAGAAGGAUAGGAAGCUAAACCCAGAACAUGUACACAAUACAUAAAGGAACAUUAACUAAACAGGGGCAGGACAGGACUGUACAUGGACUGGGAAUACAAACUAAAACAAGACAAGAUAUGAUAGGCAAAACAAGAGGAGAUAUAACUAAGUACUACAUAUAAAAAAUUAUGGGGAUUUAGUCACAUUAUAUGAUCAUACAUUGCAUAAGCUUGCCAACAACGCCAAUGUACCCCAUAUCUGGCAGGUCCCACUCUGCCUAAUGUAUACUAAAAGAACCAUAAGAAACACAUAUUUAGUACUUACCUGCAAGAAAGGGCAGAAGGCUUGAUCAGCUGCCUGCAGGACACUGAAACAAAAGGAAUGAUGGAAAACAAAAAGGUGUGGAAACAUAAAACAAACAUUUAAAGGAAACCUGGACACUGGGAAUUCCAGGGAACCCAGAAAACCCAGAAAACCCAGCAUAAGGAAAACCAGACAUGGAAAAGAAAACCAAAAAAACAAGAAAAACUAAACAAGAAUUGUAAAAAGAGUACUGGAUACCAGAAACCAAAGCCAGACAUCUCCGCAGAACAUGGCAUGAUGUGACAGUGUGGCCAUGUUUUUGUUUAGCUCUGCAUGCGCACUUUAUUAGUAGUGUAAUUGUUAAUAGGACAGAUUGCCAUUAUGUAGUCAAGAAGGGAUCUUGUGGCAAAAUUGAAAAUGGCCACAAUUCUUUUUGCCUUCUUUUGCAUCAUUCAGCUUACAAAGAAUGGGUUUUAAUGGGUUUCACGUUUAUACUUGAUGGCCUUUUUUCAAUCUAGACUAGUACACACAUAUGUAAAAAACAAUCCGAGGUCAGGGAUUCCACAAUAUAGAAAAGCCAAGCUGGUCCACGAGAACAUAGAUCAUAGAAGUCAGAUAAGUCAAAAUGGAUACCCAGGAAAUCACAGAUAAUUAGGAACACGCUGUAGGUAUCACUAAGAAACCACAACAGGGCACUGAACAGAUGGAAAUUUCGAGUAUUAAGAGGCUUUUGAUUGAUGUGGUUCCUUUUUGGGAAUGUAGCACAAGGGUAUAUAUCGUAACAUUACCCCUCCCCCACCACGAAAACCACCCAUACGUCGGGGAACAGUGCGAUUGGGUAACUUGGCAUGUCAAUGGAUUCAGGAGGGAAACGUAAAAAGACACAGGAUUAACUCUUUGAUGCUUGCUUCAUGGAGGGAACAUUAUGGCUUUAAAGGAUUAUGUAUGCACAUAUAUGGGGAAUAGAAAACUAUUUUAAUAUUUACAUAUGUAACAUGUAAUAGAACUUUUGAAUUCUAAACAAUAUAGCAACAUAGAGUUCUGCACUGAGGUAACGAGUCUAAUGAAUAUGGUUUUCACAGGUAAAAUGUAUGUGAGUUUUUUAUUAUGGUAACAUUUUUAAAGCUUCAUUAUGUGUGUACAUGUAGAUUUUCAACUUUUUAGAUUUUUCUGGUACAAGAUAUUCUCCAUAACAUGUUUGAUUUAAAUAUAUUGUAAAAAUACCAGUGAAUAAAAAAAUAAGAAAUUCUAACACAUAGAUUAAUUUCUUUAGAAUAUAUUGAAAAAUACAAAGAACAUGUUCGGAGAACAUCUAACUCAAGUUCAGAAGAGGAACGUGGAACAAAUGAUUUUAUAUCUAGGACACUUUUAAUUCCUGAGUGGAGAACAAUGGAUAUGAAUUUUGAGAAAAUGGAUCAAAAUAUUUUGUUACGUAGGAAACGGGACACAUUACCAUCAGAGGAACUCUUUACUAAAGAUAAUAUGGUGCUAUCUUCUAAGAGGAUGCUACUAGCAGGAGAGGCUGGCAUAGGAAAAAGCUUUUUCUCAAAAGGAUUGCAGAAGAAAUGGGCUUUUAGGGAAAAUUGCAUGCACUAUGAAUGUGUGAUGUAUUUUACUUUCGCUGAGCUUAAGGCUAUUAAGAAACCAAUGAGUGUAAAGGAACUUCUGAGAAAUAAGUGUAAGGAUCUUGAAGAUGUUCUUCCAGAACUUCUAGAAUCAGGCAGACUUCUUAUUAUAUUUGAUGGAUAUGAUGAAUUUAUUGUUAAUACGGAAAAAAAUGCUUUAAAAAAUGCAAUUGACAAUGAUACACCACUUCCUAUAGAAAAUCUAGUUUUAAGUAUUUUGCGCAAAGCCCUUCUUCCUAACACAGACAUCCUUGUAACAUCACGACUAAAAAGUGAAAAUGUAGAGAAAACUGGUGAAUAUUUUGAAAGAACAUUUAUAAUGCAAGAAUUUACAGAUGACCAGAUUAAGCAGUUCUACAAGAAGUUCUGUUCUGAUGAGAUAUCCCAAAGUAUCUACGAUUUUAUAGAAGAACAUAACUUGUCCAGUUUAGUCUCAAUCCCACUCUUAAGUAGUGCUCUGUAUGAGCUUUCCAAAAAUCAAGGCUUGUGUAGUCCUAAUUUACAGAGAUUAGCGACACGCAGUGAAAUGAUGUCCUCCCUUCUAAAGGUUUGCUUGGCGAAUGCAUUGUCCUAUGAGAGUGAAAGCACUGAACCAUGCUGUGUAAUCAAACCACAGAGCACUAGCAGCAACCUUCCAUCCAAAGUUAAAAUCAUGGUUGAGAAUAUGUCUGAAUUGUCCUACAAUAACCUACUUGCUGGUGUAGAGGAGAUCAAUGUGCAAGAUCUGGGAGAAGGCUGUGUGCAUACUCAAAGACUACUGGAAUGUUUUUCAGAGUUCUUUUUCAAGCAGACCAGUAAUACCGGUCUUUUACAGUACAGACAUACCAGCAUCAGAGACAUGUUUGCAGCAUUACACUGUGCAUGGACAAUAUGUAACUCAGAGGGAAUCCUUGAAUGUUUAAAUGCAUGGACCUGGGGGAAUAUCCCAGAAAGACAAAGCAGAACACACAUUCUGCUCCAAAAUACAAAUAUGAAUCAAAAUAUUGUUUUUGAUAAUUUUCUAAAUUUCUUCAUGGGUUUUUUUAUGUAUUCCAAUAUGGAUGGUCUGUACACUAGUGGUAGGAAUCUCCAGAGAGUGCCAUAUUUAGAAAUGUACUUUGAAGUGUGGAUUAAGAAAGAACCUUCUUGUGCAAAACUACUCCACCUUUUUCAUUGCAUCUACGAACUCCAAGAGAAUAGACUUACUGGACACCUAUCCAGCAUGUUCACAUCAGUGAAUUUGUUUAACACUUCGCUAAAUGCUCUAGAUAUCAGAGCUAUGCACUAUAGCUUGGAGAAGUCAAAGUUAGAAGAACUCGACUUAACACUGUGUGAUCUUAGGAAUGAACAUUUAAACCAAUUGCAGACUGUCAUAAGGAAUUCUACAUAUGUAAAGUAAGUAGAGAAUAUUUACAAAUCCUGAUGAAAAACUAUCAAAUAUAGCAAAUAGUAUGUAAACUUCUUAACUCCUUAAUUAUAUUCUUCAUUACUUAAUGACUAUCUGACUUUUUCCGAAGGAAAUGAUACCAAGGUUAUCAAGCUAAAGAUGUCAGCAUUUAAAAUGUCCUCAUAUUCCAGAGAAUUGCUACUAUUGUGUUAGUAUAAUUUGAUGAACAGCUCUCUAUAUAUAGACCACUCAUAGAGUUGUGAAGAGCAUCAGAUGACUCAGCCUAUAUAUAUAUAUAUAUAUAUAUAUAUAUAUAUAUAUAUAUAUAUAACUGCAUCUCUCACAUUCCUAUUGUCUCUGGGAUCAAAGGUGUUGCCAUAGCAUUGCAUUUUAGAAGAAGCAAUAUUGUUCAACUGUUUAAUCUUUAAUAACCCAAACAUAUAUACUUGUUUAUGUAAUAGUCAUAACAGUAAACCCAAAAUAAUAUGAAGACUUCACUUCACAUUUUAUAAAAUGUUUAAGGGCAGAUAUUUUAUAUGAGAUUUUUUUACAUCAAUAGAUCAAUUGAAUUUAUAUUGUUCCAUAGUCUACCACCUGCCACCAUGACUCCCGGCAAUCCAGAUUAAACAAAAUCAUACUUCAGAAAACAGAAGUGGCUUUUUUCACAUAGGUAAUGUGGCUGAAGAGGGGGAAGGUUGUUUGUGUUAAAGACAAUCCUGUGUUUUGUUUUGUUUUAAAAACACUUUAAAACAUUUUCUUAAAAAACAAAAUACCCCCCCCAAACAAAUGGUAAUAGUGUCUAUAGGCUUUGUUUUGAUCACUCUAUGAGCUGUAGUUGUUAUGGUAUGAAGACAGACCAUUUGAAAGGAACACUUCAAACAUCAUUACCACUGCACCCUGAUGUAGUGGUUAUGGUGCCAUGAUUGCUCUGGUCCUUUCCCAGAGCAAGUAGUCAAACCAUUUAAGAAUGGGUUGGCAACUUACCUGGGUCUUAAUGUGCACCAGCUGUAGCCUCCCCUGCUAUGGAAGGUCCUACAAGCAGCUUCUGUUAGCUUCACUGAGCUCAUCCCUGCCAUGCAGAACCAGGUUAUUAGCUAAGAGCAUUAGAUGACUCAGCCAAUGAGGGCAGCCUUGCAUGGCUAGGCUUAGCACUGGGGCCGGUACUUCCCGCAGCACUGUAAUUGGUGACCUGUGUCUAGCAGGUAAGUUGUCAAACAGUACUUAAACAGUGUUUUGUUUUUUUAUCAUUCACAUCUAUUGAUAGCAUAUCAAAAUUCAAUACAUGGAAAACAUUGCCUGUAUAGGCUUCUGAUAGAGAAGAAUAGUUAUUUCGUACACAUGACUGGAAAAUAAAAAUCUUUUUAAAAAAAAAAGCUAAAAUAACAAGAGAAUGUGAAUCAUUAGUAUACACAUAGACACAAUUGGUCAAUUAACCCCUUAAGGACAGAGCUUCAAAAGCUUGUCUUUCACUUAAUGACAACAGCAUUUUUUUCAUUUUUUGCUGUUUGCGUUCAACUGCAAUUUGCAUUUUACAAAUUCAUUGCACCUACACAUAUUAUAUACUGUUUUUUAAAGGACAGAAAGGACUUUAAUUUGAUGUAACAUAUAUAUAUAUAUAUAUAUACACAUAUAUAUAUAUAUAUAUAUAUAUAUAUAUAUAUAUAUAUAUAUAUAUAUAUAUAUAUAUAUAUAUAUAUAUAUAUAUAUAUAUAUAAAAAUGCUUAUCUAUUAUAAAAAAAAUACAGAAAAAUAAAAAUGAAAAAAAUUGUGGUUUUUUUACGGUUUUUGCAAUAAUAAUGUGUGCAUAAUUAGUGCAGGUUAAGGAAAGUAAUUAAAAAUAAAUAAAUUUAGUUGUUCUGAUUUACAGAAUAUAUAAUGUGUCUGAUAUUUUUUUGGAUGUUGAAGGGGCGCAUUUGAGACGGAGCCAUUCAGUUUUUUUCUAACUUUGAAGUUUUACGCUGUGUCCAUGUUCCAAUUUGGAGUAGUUUAGACGUUUGGUUAUUGAAAUUUUCCCACAAACACAUACUAUUUAUUAAAGAAUACAUCCUGGGAUAAUUCAAAAGGCAUAUUUUGAACCUUGGCGUGGGAUAAUUUUUGCUCUAGUUUGUUCCAGGUGUAGUGGUAAUGAGCAUUUUAAAAUGUAUUUUUUUACUUUUUAAAACUUUUUUUAAACUUUUGUUUUGCUUAUUAAUUUUUUUUAAACUUUCCUAAACUUUCUGAAAACUUUUUUACAGAUUUAACAUUUUUCGAAGCUUUUUUUUUUUACCGUUAACCCCUAACUAGCAGUAAGCAGCACUAACAGUAAAUUCCCCAUUUUCCCAUAACUCCCACCCACCCCAGCUAGCAUAAUAUAUAGUUAUAAAAUAUUUAAAUUAAUUAAUUAAAUAAAUUGAACUCCUGCGGGUUAAAAAAAUAAAUAAAAGUUAAUCCUCAGGGGUUAAAAAAAAAUCGACUGGCAGGGAAGGGGUUAAUUUUUAUUUGGACUGGGUAAAGGGGUUUUUUGGGGGGUUUUUUUUUUUUUACUUGAACGUUACUAAUACUUUUUUUAAAGCUUAAUUUCUAACUUUUUAAAGUUUAUUUUAAAACUUUUCUUAACGUUAACUCCUAGUUAGCCUAACGCCAAAUCCCCCAAUUCCCCACUAACUUCCACCCACCCCAGCUAGCUAAAUAUAUAAUUUUAAAAUAUUUUAAUUUAAAUUAAUUAAAUAAAUUUAAUCCCUGAGGGUUAAAAAAAAAAAAAAAAGAAUUAACCCUCAGGGGUUAAAAAAAAAUCAGAUCAUAGUAAAAUGUAAUCCCUGCCAAUUGAUCACUGUAGUCAGAAUCCCUGCCAAUUGAUCACUGUAGUCAGUGAUCAAUUGGCAGGGAAGGGGUUAAUUUUUUAUUAAAAUUGAUAAAGGGGGUGGGAUUUUAAAUAAACUUUAUUUUUUUUCCAACAGGGGGCAGGAUCAUCACUGUUCCGGCUCCCUACACUUCACUCAGAACCAGGAAGUGCAGGGAGGCGGGAGGUAAGUAUACUAAGCACAUGUGCUCGCUCUGACAUGCGGUCAGAGCGAGCACAUGUGCUGGGCAGCCUGAUCGGGUGCUCCUGGUCUGCCUCUAAUACAGAGGCAGACCGGAGCACCAUUAACCCCGCGAUCGCCGGCGAUCCGGGGUUAAUUUUACCACGUGACGGACGAGUUCCGUCACUCGUCAUUAAGGGUUUUCCCUGAGUGAUGGACCUCGUCCGUCACCCGUCCUGAAGGGGUUAAGAAUAUAGUAAUAGUAAUCUCUACAUGCACCUUGACAAGGGACUUUACAAGCAGCUAGAGGAGGAAUAGGGAAAGUAAAAAGUGGCAAACAUAUAGAGUCACAUGUUGAAGACAACAUAUGAGCAAAUGUGCCUUUUGGCACCAUAACUGCAACUGCAGGUUGUAGUAGUUAUGGUGCUUGGUGUGUUUGUUUAAGAAGUUAUAAUUCCAUUUUAUAUGUAACUAAAGAUAUAAUACAUCAUUGUAUCAAUAUGACGUCAUGCAAUUUAAAUUACUUGCAUAGUGCUGAUUGCUAUGAGUAAAGAAAGCUAUGUUUUGUUUUUCAGUUUAAGCUCAAACAUGUUGACAAAGGAAUCAGGGCUAAUACUGAGACGUAUUCUUGAACAUUCAGACUGUGAGAUAAAGGAUCUUUUGUAAGUAAUUAUUUUUGUAAGUUUUUUUUUUUUUACAUUGUUGUUGAUAUUAGUAGCUAUACUUUAGUUCACAACACCACUGUGAUAUCAUGCCAGAAGAGAUUUGGUUUGCAUUACAAUACAAAAUGAAAGGGACAAUCUGAGUACCUAAACUACUACAGCUUAAUAUAGUGGUCACGGUGCUGGGAUAUUGUACCUGGAGACUGACAGAUUUAGGCAUGUCCAUUUCUCCUUGUUGCAGCUCCUCUCCAACCCCAAGAGAUCAUUACUAGUAAUGAUCACAGGGGAGCUGCGGCGAGAGAAGAAAUGGGAGACAAGGCCAAUGCGCGUUAGUUGCAGUGCUGCACCCUAACAACUUUUCAUUGAAAAACAUUGAAACCAAUACUUCUAUUUGAGAAUCCAUCACUUCUAUCUGGAGCUAGCACUCAAGGUGAAUUUGGAAGAAUAGCCUCCUAGCUGUCUGUUUGCAGUCAGGGGGAUGCACCCAAGGUGCUUUAUAAAAAAAAGUACUAAUUUCUCUUAAAUUUGGCACUUUUCUAAAGUGAGAAAGAAGAGACACUCUGAUAACCCUUAAAGCACUUGAUAUACAGUUUCACUUAUAUUACAUUAAUUUCUAUCAUGAUCUUAAUAAAUUAUUCUAAGCUAAAUCUUAGCUCAAAUAGAUUUUUAGUUAGGUUAAUGGUCUCUUCUUUACUAAGCUAUUUCUGUUUCCUUCAUUAACUCUGAGAUUUUAACCCCACUAUGUCUCUGUGUAUUAUACCUUUGUUUUUUUAUACUGAUUUUGAGUUCAAUAGGGGGUGUCUGCAAGGUCAUACUCUAUAAUUCAUACGACCGUGUUCCUUGAUGCUUUGCAAACAUUAUGGCUGUAAGAGCACUAUGGUAGAUGUAGUCCACAACAUCCGCAGUGAUUAAGGUUCCUUACCUUAUUUGCUCCAUCAAACAAGCAAUUAAUACCAAGGGGCAUUUUUAAACUAUAUAUAUCAUUUUGCAUUUAUUUUUAUUUAUGUAAUAAUAGUCCUUUGUUGCAUAUAAUUAUCCUCAACAGUAAGACCAUUUUGAAAUAACUUUCAAAGAAUUACACGAGGGAUAUUUAUCACAUAUUUAGACAAGAUAAGAAGAUAUAGAUAGUAAAUGUAUUUAGACAUCUAUAUUAAUAGGUUUACAACUUGGAUUUCUUAUUUGUAAUUUAAAAAGUUAUGCUUUACCUUUUUUUUUCCUACCACCUUAUUUUUCAAGUUGUUUUUAAGGGAGUUAAUGAUAACAUUUACUAUUGCUCACGUUUUAUUUUCUACUGUUUAGCCUGGCAGUCAAUAAACUGGGACCAUCAGGUGUUAAUAACCUCUGGGAAGCGCUUGAAACAAACACGUCAGUGGAGAAAUUAAAUGUAUGUGACAAUGAAUUACAAGAUAAAGGAACAGAAAACAUGGUGUUCAGUUUGUGUGCAAACAAAACACUGAAAAAACUAAUGUGAGUAUUUUACCUUCUUCCAAAUGUUUGAUAAAAAGGCAAAGUGUGAGAUUGCUUAAACCUGCACUGUCACCCCUCCCUGAAAAACUAGUAUUUCAUAAAGAUAUAAUUUUUAUGAAAUCCUCAUUUUGACUGUGUUGGAAUUCUACUGAAAUUGAAACCUAGUCAAGAGAUCUACUGAGUCAAAGUGAGGACUCCUUUGUCUCUGGAUUUCUCCUCUGCCUGACUUUCUUAGACUCAAGUUGGAGUUAGUUCCAACAGCUGUCACCAGUGACAACUGCGGGGAACUGGUUGUGCCUAUAGAGGAUCCUGCUGUCUCGCGGAAUCUCCCAUGGACCUCAAUGCUUUACUUUCGCGCACACUUAGGUGCCAGGGGUUGAAGAAAAGCAUAGCGACAAGAUGGCGGCACCCGCGAGGGACAGGUUUAGACAAGUAAUCUCUCUUAUCUCUUAAAUGCCCCCCCACUUUAAGGGAAAUAGCAGCUGCAAGCCUGUAAACAGCAAUACUGUGCAACUAUGCAAGGUAUAAUGAAUCUAAAAAACAAAAAAACAAAAACAUGAUGUUAAGGUCUGUGAGACUUUAGCAUGUAGUGAGUAGACUUAUGCACAAAUGGAAGAUUCAGUUUGUCUGAUUUUUUUUGUACGAAUAAAACAAAUCGAUUUGGUUUGGUUCAUCUGAAUUUUGUUUGGGGGCACCCAGGCACCCAUGGUCUGGCUGGAGUGGUCUUGGGAUUUUAACUCUUCAAUGUAACACAUUAAAUUUUGUACAAACAGCAAUACUUGCAAUGAAGGAAUACAUACAACUCUAGUGGCUGCCUGUCUUACAGCCAAUAGAGGCACUUCCACCUUCAGAACCUAGGCAAACAUGGCUCUUCAAUAAAAUGCUGCUGUAGGAUUUGAUCGGAGGAGUGCUGUGUGUAACGGAGCUCCCCGUACUCCGACCGAGUACCCUCCGUUGAUGGAUGCUUCCUAGCUUGCGCCGAGGACCACAAGCACCACACCGGACACCACAACCACCGCAGACUCCGCAACCGCUGUAGCUUGACUGGAGUCUCGUCUUCUUCCUUCCACCCUGGAUCAUCUUCUGUCCUCCAGGACUGUGUGGGAAAGACCUCUUCCUUCCACCCUGUAUGAGCCUCCAGCAUCCAGGACUGUGUGGGGAAGACCUCUCCUCCAAGGAGAGCGUGUCAGGAACAAGCUCUUAAAAGAGCGAAGUGAUUCAAGCUCAAGGGCGUAUGCAGAGCAUAGCAAUCCCCAGUGUGAUUUUAACAGCUCCCUCCAAUAACGAGACAAGGCUACGUUUAGAGGGAUCAAGAAGAACUGUCUAAACCUUUAUUUCCCUUGGGACCAGCCCAUAGGGUCACCACAUUAACAUUGCUGUGAAAACUCAAUAAAAUCACAAACAGUCAAACCAUAGCUAGCAAUACACAGUGACUUAUCACAACACAAUGGCACAUUUUUAAAGGGGUGGGGAAGACAAUAUUUAACAGAAAAUAUCUCACCUGCCUGCAGUAAAAAAAUUUACAAAAACAAAAUAAAUGAAAUAAAUAGGUUCUCACAGUGGUGUCAUCUCUUUCUCUGUACUAUAGGCUCUGGGAUAGCAAACAGUAUGUAUGUAGUAGGGCUUAUGAAAUAUACUUGAGAUCUACAAGACACACAUCCAUCUAAUAUAUAUAAAGAUUUACAUGCUACUUUUGUUUCUCAUUUCCUGUUCUGUUUCAGACUGUGCAUGAACAACUUUAAUGGUAUUGGGAUGAAAAACAUUAAGGAAUUAAUGCAGAAGAGAAGAGAUCUUAAGGUUGUAAUUAGAAUAACUGAAGAUGACGAAUUCUUUAAGUAUGUGAAAGGCCAAGUUGACAGUUUAAAAUCUGAUGGCUGGAAAAAAUAUCAAAAGUCUUGGGUUCAUCACAUUCUCAAAAUUGUGCAGCAAGAUCUCCGUCAUGUGGAUCACAGUAAAGAUGUGACUUUAUUAAAACGCUCAAUCAGAGAUAUUAUUCAGGCAAUGAAAUGUGCAGAACAGAAGCAAGUCUGUAUGUCAUAGACAUUUUGGGUAUUUGAUAACACAAUGAAUCAUCUAUUUAACUACUUACCUAAUAUGGGUGUGAAGCAGAGUAUAUUCCUAAUGUGUUCCGUCUAAGCGUCAAGGUUCCAAUAACAUGUUUUGAUUUAUGUAUUGGAUAAUGAAGUCUGCAUACGGAAAAUCCUGAAUGAUAUUUCCAUGCACACUAAAGGGCAGUGGUGGCUAGACCACAGAGAAGUUAACUCUACUGAAUUUAAAUUCAAAAACUAUCAUUCAAUCUAUAAGUUGAUAUAUCCACGUCCCCAGAUUGUCAGUCUCCACAAUUUAAAUAGUUAGAGAUUACCAUUUAUUAAUAGUGACUAAAAAAAAAAAUAGCUUUAGUGAGGAAAUCUCAAGUUCAAUAUUUACUAAAUAUUCCAUAGAUAGGAAUCUAGACAGGAAUUCAUAAUUAAAUGUAAAAAUGUAAAUCAGGCCUAUCUAUUCACCAAAAUCCUCAUUUGAUAUAACAUUAGACAAAUGUGAUUAGUAUAUAGCUACAAGACAUUAUUUAAAUGUGAAAAACUGAUGGAAAAAGGUGUAAUGUAUAACAUAAAAUAAAAAUAUGAACAGCUACAUACAUCCACAAGUGACUAAAACUGAGUGUAAGCUCAAAACUCAAAAAAGUAUGUGCGCUCGUCAAUGUAAUAAAAAUAAAAGAAAUCUAUGAGAUGCAAAUAUAAAUUUGCUUUAUUAAAAUAAAAUAAAACUUAUAUAUAUAAGUAAAUAAUAUACAUCAAAAAUAAAAUCAUGACCACCCUAAUCUAAUGCUGUAUGACAGAAAGUGAUCCUAGAAAAGGCAAAUACAGCCGUACAAAUAUGGAUACAAAAGUAGGCAAAAUAGACCGCCCCAGACACAAUGUAUAAAACAAAGUGUCUAAGAGUCCAUAUGCCCACAAUGUAACCACAGAUGAAAUACAAAUCAAUAAAUUAAUACAGAAAGUACCUUUCCUCGGUGUGGGCCCCCACUGAGGUACAAAUAAAAAAUAAUGAUAAAAGCCUUGAGAGGGUGUAAUGAAAUCAAUAAAGCGAUGAAUAGUUGCGGAUAGCAGACCCUCCAGGGGAAUUAACCGUUGCACCGCGGUCGAGAUCUUCAAAAAAGACCGCGGUGUGAUGAAAGUAUAUUACCUGCAGCAACUGAUGAUACUCCGUCUGCACAAGAUAAACUAUUACACCGCGGCCGGGAUCUUCAAAAAAGCCUGCGGUGUAGGAAGACAAACCCCCAACAGGGAUCGUAGAAAGUCCACAAUAUUCAAAACACUCUCACUCUCAAUGAUUCAUAGGGCACUCCCACCAGCAGCAGGUCACAUUAUUUAAAUGUGACAUAAUAUGUGAUAUAAUUUUACACCCUUGAUUUUAUUAUUUAUAUUUAGAUUAAUAGGUGUAUGACCGUUAUAAAUAUUAUUAUAGUGUAUUUGACUUUAUAACUGCUGUAACAAUUGGCUCUUGUAUGUAAUUUGUAAGUAUUUGUUGAAAUUGGUGAUUUUACCUCUUCCCUUUCUUCUUUUUUUUUUAUGUUCACUAAUUGUCCUUUGAAUUUUUAUCUGGAUUUAUAUGUUCUUUUAUAUGUUUUUAUGGUCAAAGCACCAUAACCACCACAUCAAGCUAUAGUGGUUAUGGUUCAGGAGUGCCAUGGCGCCUCUCCAUUGUAAAGAGUCAAAUCUUUUUGAACAGUUUCACUGCUUACCUGGUAUCUGCUGGGUUCCACUCUUAUCUCCACUACAACCUCCCAAGAGCCAGAAGUUCCUCAGCAGAUGCUUCUGUAAGGUCUCUUGGACUAAGCACUCCAAUAAACUGACACUCUCAGCCAAUGAGCUAAGCCCUGCAUUGGAGUGGACGUUCCUGCUUGAGACUGAGGAAGCUGGUCUCUUGGACCCAGAUAAGACAACCAACCAUUCAAAAAUGAUAUUGACACUUUACAAAAAAAGAGAAGUGUAAAGAAAUAGGUUUAAUCCAUGUACAGCUAUGAUAAGCAAUAGAUAGAUUGUGUACUGCUUCAUAUCAUUACUGGAAUUGUACAUUUGUUUUCAGCAAAUUACAGUGUGUCUGAAUUUAGGCUGAUCAGCGUGUUGCCCGAAUUCUGUAUCUCUGAAACACUAUAUGGACGUUUAAGCAAACAAACUGUUGAUUUAAGAUUCGGAGUUCCAUCUGUGGCACCAUAAAAAAGAAAUGAUUGAUGGAAAAAAAGAUUGAUGUUUAGAAGACAGCCACUACAUUUUGAUAAUAUUCACAAAUCAAGUGAGAGAUGUGACCACUAAAGGAAAACAAGAAGAGCAGAAAAAAACAAAACAAAUAAAUCUAUAUUUAUAUAUUAC